UUAAUUAUUAUAACUAAACCAACACACUGUUAGUUUUGUAUUCGAAGUUCUAACAUGUGAUUGCCAUGGCUAAAUAUUUUAAGGGUGGAAUCACGUUCUCUCCAAUGACUUUUAGGUUUAUUUAAUGGACUCACCAUCACGACCAACCAAUUCAGAUGACCAGGAAUUGAACCAUUCAAAGCCAUCCAAUCCAUAGCCGGAGGAGGGUAUGGAGUGGGUGGCGAACCGUUGGACCGGCGUGGCGGCGGCGAUAUGGAUCCAGUGGAGCUGCGGUGCAUCCUACACCUUCAGCAUCUACUCUCACGUCCUCAAGUCCUCCCAGGGCUACGACCAAUCCACCCUCGACACCGUUUCCGUCUUCAAAGACAUCGGCGCCAACUUCGGCGUCCUCGCCGGCCUCCUCUACUCCGCCGUCACACCAUACUCCGACUGUCACCGUGAUUCCAAGUCCAGAUGGAGCUCCUUUGCCGGACCCUGGGUUGUGGUCGCCGCCGGAGCUGUCCAGUGCUGUGCUGGUUUCUUAUUCAUCUGGGCUUCCGUCGUCGGGCUCAUCGACCCGCCGCCGGUGCCCGUCAUGUGCUUCUUCACCUGGCUCGCAGCUAAUGGCCAGUGUUUCUUGAAUACCACCAGCGUCGUCACCGGGUUGCGCAAUUUCCCUCAAUUUAGUGGCACCAUCAUCGGUAUCAUGAAGGGCUUUCUUGGGCUCAGUGGAGCUAUCCUGAUUCAGCUGUAUCACACAUUUUGUGAUGGGGAUCCCACCACCUACAUUUUGUUGCUUGCUUGCCUACCUGCGUUCGUCUCAGUGCUGCUGAUGUUUCUGUUGAGGAUCUAUGAAGCUCACGUGGGUGAUUACAAGAAGCAUUUGGACAGCUUCUCCUUGGUCACUGUGAUUAUUGUUGCCUAUCUCAUGUUCAUGAUCAUCUUGCAGAACUUCGUGACAUUACCAUAUUCCACGCGGAUGUUCAUGUUUGUGUUACUUGUUGUUCUACUAGCCUCACCUUUCGGCAUCGCUGUCAAAGCCCAGUGGGAGGAGUCACAGGAAUUCGAGGCUUCAACGGAGUAUCAACAACUGCCUAGUGUUGAUCAGGGGGAAGUACCGGUGAAUUUGGAUGAUGCCAUGCCAUUUGAAGAAGAAAAGAAUCUCUUGCAAGCAAUGUGCACAGUUGAGUUCUGGAUGUUGUUUGCAACCAUGAUAUCUGGGUUAGGUUCUGGGCUUGCAGCUAUAAAUAAUAUGAGCCAAAUUGGAGAAUCUCUUGGAUAUAGUACUAUUGAGAUUAAUAAUUUGGUGUCACUUUGGAGCAUGUGGAAUUUCCUUGGCAGAUUUGGAGGUGGACAUGUAUCAGAUUAUAUCAUGCACAAAAGAGGUUGGCCUAGGCCUCUAUUGAUGGUUGUAACUCUAGGGGUGAUGAUAAUUGGCCAUUUAGUUAUAGGUUCUGGUUUCCGUGGGAAUUUGUAUUUGGGUCCUGUUCUUAUUGGCAUCAGCUAUGGUGCACAUUGGUCCUUAAUGCCUACAAUCACUUCUGAGAUUUUUGGUGUGAAGCACAUGGGUACCAUUUUCAACACUAUUGCUGCAGCAAGCCCAAUUGGAUCUUAUAUACUUUCUGUGAGAGUUGUUGGAUAUAUUUAUGACAAGGAAACCAUUGAAGAAGAUAACUCAUGCUUUGGCAUCCACUGUUUCAUGUUGUCCUUUUUUAUUCUGGCUGGUGUGGCUUUUCUCUCAUUUUUGGCUGGUCUGGCAUUGUACUUCCGGACCCAAAAGUUUUAUAAGCUAGUUGUUCUUAGAAGAUUAAAACAUUAUGCACAUUGAUGAAUGAUUUGUUUAGCAGUAUUUGGAUGAAGAAACCUUGAUCUUGUUUUCUUUGUUCUGAUUGGCACAAAUAUAAUUACUCUAAUGAUGUAAUCUUCUAAAGGUCUAUUUGGACGAUUCAAUUUGUGAAUGUUACUUCUUGUGUGUGCAGACAAGUGACAAAACAAUUGCUUCUCA